AUGACCCAGCGCGGCCUCCCAGUGCUCGUCAGCUCCGGGUCCCGGCACGAGGCCAAGUACCUCAGCGGCAUCACGCACUUCUUGGAGAAGCUGGCCUUUUCCUCCUCGGCGCAGUUUGCCAGCAAAGAUGAAAUUCUCCUCACGCUGGAGAAACACGGGGGCAUUUGUGACUGCCAGGCCUCGAGGGACACCAUCAUGUACGCCGUUUCUGCCGACGCCAAGGGCCUGGACACCGUGGUCGCUCUGCUGGCUGAUGUGGUGCUGCAGCCCCGGUUUUCAGAUGAGGAGAUGGAGAUGACUCGAAUGGCUAUUCGCUUUGAGCUGGAAGACUUGAACAUGAGACCUGAUCCGGAGCCUCUGCUCACGGAGAUGAUCCAUGCGGCAGCCUAUAGAGAAAACACAGUUGGACUGAACAGGUUCUGCCCGGUAGAAAACACUGACAAGAUCAAUCGGGAAGUUCUGCAUUCCUACCUGCGCAACUACUACACGCCAGACAGGAUGGUGCUGGCCGGGGUGGGCAUCGAGCACGAGCAGCUGGUGGAGUGUGCCAGGAAGUACCUGCUUGGAGUGGAGCCCGUGUGGGGCAGCGCCAGGACCCGGGACGUUGACAGAUCUGUGGCUCAGUACACAGGAGGCAUCGUGAAGGUUGAAAAGGAUAUGUCAGAUGUGAGCCUGGGCCCUACUCCGAUCCCCGAGCUUACCCACAUCAUGAUUGGGCUAGAAAGCUGCUCGUUUUUAGAGGAAGAUUUCAUUCCCUUUGCAGUAUUAAACAUGAUGAUGGGAGGCGGCGGCUCUUUUUCGGCUGGAGGGCCCGGCAAGGGCAUGUUCACCCGGCUGUACCUCAAUGUACUCAACAGGCACCACUGGAUGUACAAUGCGACCUCCUACCACCACAGUUACGAAGACACGGGGCUGCUGUGUAUUCACGCCAGCGCAGAUCCCAAACAGGUUCGAGAGAUGGUGGAAAUCAUUACAAGAGAAUUUAUUCUAAUGGCAGGAGCAUUGGGAGAGGUAGAACUUGAGCGAGCAAAGACCCAGCUGAAAUCCAUGCUCAUGAUGAACCUUGAGUCUCGGCCGAUCAUCUUUGAGGACGUGGGGAGGCAGGUGUUGGCCACGAACACAAGGAAGCUGCCUCACGAGCUCUGCGCGCUCAUCAGUGACGUGAAACCCGCUGACAUCAAGCGAGUGGUCACCAAGAUGCUUCGGAACAAACCGGCUGUGGCUGCGCUGGGCGACCUGACGGAUCUGCCCUCCUACGAGCACAUCCAGGCCGCCCUUUCCAGCAAGGACUCGGUCGUGGCCCGAAAUCCUCUUUCAGGGCACCUCUAG